GUUAUCAACCGAGAUUAAACAAACGUGAAGUGAAGUGAUCGAAAAGAACUCCAUCGAGGGAGAAUCCUGUGCAAGACUGCAUCAUCAAGCGCUAUGAAGCUGAUGCCUGACACACUGUUAACGUCGGCCAUAAUCAUUCUUAUCUGCGAGUUCUAUGACAUUCAAGGCCAAACUGUUCAUCCUGGAAUCCGCGUGCGAGUGACAAACAAAGGACUUCAAUAUGGUAGGCACUACGAUGUACCGUUUAUUUAAAGAUGUUUGUAGUCAAGACAUUUGUGGAGGGUUGCUCAACAUGGAAUAGAAAAGCACCAUUUGGGGAAGGAUCCUUUUCUGCGCGGCAUGUUCUCUCGAAUUCCAACUUAGCUAAUUCUUGUCGAGUUUUUCUUUGCCGGAGGUGUCUCCCUUUUUGAUGCAUUUUCCUUUUCGGAUUAUUUCAAUUUUUAUUAAACUCGUGAUCUAAAUUCUUGUGCUAAAAGAGAUGAUUUUGGUUCUGUCAAGUGAUGUUAUUUUGAAAUCAUAAUAAUACCUUUUAAGUCUGCUGAAAAAUCCAAGUAGAGAGGUUUAAAAAAAGAUGAAAAUAACAACAGGAAAUGAAGAAAUUCAGGGAAAACAAUACUUAACGAGGGUCUAUUUUCAAUCAGUAUCUUAUUAUGAUCGAGAGGGAUCGUAUUUUUGUAAUAUGGCUGUCUGGUUUUGUUCUCUAGUUUUCAGCGAGAUCGUAAUGCAUAAGCAGAGUUUGAAUUUAUUACUGCUCAAAGCUUUCAUUGAGCAACUUACAUUAGAUCUUCCGCACUCAAACUUAACUCUAAUCCGCUGGCUGGAUGCUGUUUAUUGAGUGUCGUUCGGCUUCCUAAUAGUUAAAGCUGCUUAAUCUCCUACAAAUUUACUGUACAUCCUUGACAAGUCAAAGGCAGUUAAUGAGCUUAACACCCUUAUUAGCGGAUUACAAUGUAAGUAUUUCGGCAGGCUUCCAAUUUGAGAUCCAUCACUGUGGUAUUUCUAGAAAACAGCUCGUACUCAUACCACCACAAGCCAGAUUUCGAAAAAAAAUUUAUCUCGGUGGCUUGCGAAAGUUUUAAUUCAUAACAGCCGGAUAUAAUUUUUUUUUGUAUUACGAGCCGGAUAUAAUUUUUUUUAUAUUGCGACUCGUUUAAGUGCGUGGUUGUGAGGGUAAAAUGUGAGAUUGAAUGGAACGCGAUUGGUAUUUUCCUUCUGUGUCGUUUGUAGUGCUGACUGUCGAUCAAUUUGUUGGUGACAGAAAUAGGAUAACCACGUUUAUCCAAAAACUGGCAUAUUUCCCCUGAUUUGUCGGAAAAAUCAGAGUCGCACUUCUUAAACGACGAAAACUGAGAAACUGCGAAAAAGGAAUGGAAUUCUUGACUUGUGAUGGAUGUGAAGAUUAAUUAAACAAGUAACUGUGAAUCUGCAAACCUUUAGAGCAAAAAUUUGUCUUUCAAAUUGGCACUACUAAUCCCCACGGCAAAAACGAACGCUUUUCAUUCAACCUGACUAAUUCUUGUUUUCCUCGUUAACCUGGUCCCAGUUAUAGCGUAGCUCCAUUUUCUGCAUGUAAACACACACAUACACAACCCAUAAAUUCCCGUUCGCCCUGACGAAGGGCUAACACACGAACCGUCAGCUUGGAAACUCUCAACAGUGGCCAAUUUCCGUUAUCAACUCAGUGGAUAAUAUCAAAUUACCUUGUUAUACUCUCCCACCAACGUAGCACCACAAUUUCUAUGAAAACUUACCCCAUUGUACAUGUACUUUUAGUCUCUGGGUAUAAAAAGCUCAGCAUCUUACUGCUCAGUAUAAAUUUUGAAAGGCUUUCUUUAUUAGUUGGGCUCACUAUAUUAAGUGUCAAUUUAUAGAAUUUAAUGCUUAUCAGUCCCUCGCAAAUAGUAUCAAUUCAUAUGCCGUUUGUUUUUCUGAAUCCUUUCUUAGCUGACAACGAUGUGGGAAUCCCAACGUUGUUGGAAAAACUCCAGAAAGAUAAAAUAAGAGACAUCAGUCGCAAAGAGAGGGGCCUUGAAUACACUUUGUCUGAGUAAGUUGUUUUUAUAUUAAGAUGGUUUGUAACGCACAUUAGUCGAAAACUUUACUACGUUGCUUUUCCACAUAAACUGCGACACACCUAACCCUACCUUAGCCCUAAGUAGUCUUGACUCUUUACAAAUGCAACCACAAACGAAUGGGUUUCUGCUAUCAUUAUAUGUCGUUCUUAAUAAUCCACAAGUUUGCCAGGUUUGGCUUUAUUUCUACUUGGCAAGAUCCCAAAUCUUGUGGUUUCUGCUACUAACAUCUUGAACACGUACAACUUUCGGUUCCAGCAUCAAGAUUAAAAAGUGUUUGAUCGCUUCAUCUUCGCUUUCGACUGCUUCAGGAGAGGGUCUUCGUUUACAAGCAACUGGGAUUGACCUUGAUAUCGCAUUGCUCUUACGUUAUAAAAAGAAAGUCCUGUGGUACGUAUUAUAACCGCAUAAUGUACAGAAAAGAAUUCACUCCAUUUACUUCAUCAAAAACUUAUUGAUUUUAACACACGUAUAUAAAGGAAAUUGCGUUCAACACCUACCUUUUGGUAGCCGGACUCAGGAGCUCCUGCUACGAACAUCUUGGGGAUGUAGCUUUAGUUGGCGGGGUCCUCACAGAUUUAAAAGAUUUGGUGUCAUUGUCCUCCUGUGGAGUUAAUUAUAUUCAAUUAUUACAGGUUUCACGUAAAGGACAAGGUCAAUGUGGAGUUGAAAGUUCGAGGAGUAGCCUUUAACCUGAAAACACGGAUUGGUGAGACUUAUACAUAACAAUUUCAAUUUCUCCACAGACAUGUUUGAUCGAAAAGUUUCUUGUUCAAGGGCACUUGCUAUUAGCAGUUAGAGUUAACAGAUAACACCGAUCAACUGAAUAAUCAUCAAAUAUCAUUGUCUUGAUUUUCUUCAAUUUUCAUCCAAAUGCAUCGCCAAAAAAGAGGAGACAGACUCUGCUGGAACAUUAUGUUAUGUACAUCUGACUCACAUGGACAAAGCACGAUCAUUAUCUAUGAAUAAUUAUAGGUUAUUGCUUUAGUUUCUCAUUCGAGGCUUUGGGUGUGGCUCUGUUCUUAUCUGACUCACGGUGAUGGUGCUUGUUAAUUCUAGGUGUCGACUCCACUGGUCAUCCCACCAUUUCCACGCACGAGCAGGACUGCUCCUCGCAAGUCCGAUCAGUUGAUGUUCAUUUCAGUGGCAGUCGUGCAAAGUAACUGUCCCUCUAGUCUUACUUUAAUUUCACCAGUGAAAGCUGACUCUUAUCUUAACAACUUACCCGUAUUUUUUUCAAUUUAUCAAAACUCUAUUUUCUCUCUUACAACUGGACUUUUACUCGUGUAGGAAAAUAUACAACUUGUUUAAAAGGAGGAUUGCAGAUAAAAUUAAGGAUGCUCUCAAAAAAAAGGUAAAUUGAAUUUAGUGGCUAUUCCUGAUCAUUAUUUUUGAAACUGAGCUGUAAAUAAGACUUCACUUGAUCAAUGGUUUGCUUUCAAAUCAUUUUUUUCGUAUUUCAAGUGUCUGGUGUAUGAACAGAAAGAGAAACGGUUGGAACACUCUUAUUGUGGUUUAUAUUCUUUAACUAGUCACUGAAUAGGUAAUUUUAAUGGAUUAUCAUAGCUUUUGUAGAUAAUUCUUGACUUUCCUUUUCGCAAGAUCUGCAAGGAAGCUGAAGAGGCCAUAAACAGAGACGCAGCAAAGUACUUGGCAACAUAUCCAGGUAAUACGUUUAUCUAGAAGCAUAUAUUUCCCUUUUUCCACCUUUUCCCAUAGUUUUUGUUACUCGCCUAUGCGUCAACUGAGAACUCCAACGAAUAAAGGAAAACAUCCAAGGCCUAAGCACGUAAUGCACGUGAUAUCUAAUGCCUAAGCUUAUAAUGCUCCCUUUCUCAUCGUGUUAAACUAAAACAACUUCAUUACUUGCUUACAUAACCAGUCCAAUUGUACACAUAAAGAGCGAAAGAAUGAAGUUAGGGGUUGAUUAGUCAUAGGAGCUACGGGGCGAGGAAGGCUAUUGUUUCUCAAAUAGGAGAAGUUAUUAAAGAGAGAAAGUCUAACAAUAAUAAUAAAAAGUCUUAUUGUUAGAAAGUCUAACAAUAACAAUAAAAGCUAAGUUUUUUCAUUUGUCUCACGAAGUAGUCACAUGUGAUGUAGAUCGCGACGUUUCGGCUGUAUACUGCUAGUCUUCUUCAGGCGAUGAGGUCGACUGGUCAUACGUGAUCUUACAAAGCAUGAUGCUCUGCUGUGAUUUGUUGUUUUUCAACAGCUCUGAUUGGUGCAUUUCGAUCCUGGUCGACAGCGUCUUUAGGUCGUACUAACUGAGAUUUUAGCGUAAUCUCCGACUUGAAAACAGCGCGUACGCCUUGUUGUUGUAGACAACGGCGAAGCUGUUCCGACAGACCUUUGACAUAAGGUAGAACCGCAGUAGCUUUAAACUCGUUGGUGGGUUCAGCACUGUUGUUUGGUUUUCCGGUCUUGAUAAUUUUCUGCAAGAAAGAAAAAGGAUAACCAUUAGAAACCAGAACAGACGACAGAUGCUUUUUCUCUUCGGAGAUGACUGAGGGUUUUGUUACGAGAUGUUUGGCGCGCUCGGAAAGGCACUUAGCAAUACCGCGUUUUACUGAUUGAGGGUGGUGUGAAUCAUAUGCUAAGUAUUGAUCGGUGUGCGUGGGCUUUCUGUAUACGCUUGUGGUGAGUCGGCCGUCAGGUUCUCUUAAAACUGCGGUGUCUAGGAAGGCGAGUUUGUUGUCUUUCUCUGUCUCCAUGGUGAAGUAGAUGGAAGGCUGCUGGUUGUUUAAAUGCUGUCAGAAGUCUCAGAGAGAAAGUCUGUUAUUAUCAUUUGAAAUAGAGAAUGUGUAUUGUAUUACUCAAGUGAUGAGGCGCUUUCGUUUUGUCGAUAAGCCUCGUGAUUGUGUCCCAGUCAUAGCAGGAUGUUAAAGCAGUGCUGUCAUAGGCCAAAGGGUUCCUUGCCCCCAUUGGUUUAGAGGAUUUGCCGUGCGGGCACGUUUGAAAAAUGUCAAUUAAUAUACUUUUACGAAAUGUUACUUUUUUUCACAGUUCUUCGGAAAGUUGGUGAUGUGGCGCAGAUUGACUAUACCCUUGUCGCAAACCCUACAUUUACAUCACAAUAUAUGGAUGUACCACUUAAGGUGAGCAAUUUUAUGUGUUUUUUCUAAAGUGCACGAGACAUGUUGAUGUAAGGCAGCUCAUCACCACAGACUACACCCACUCAGCAUUUACCAUGUCCUAUCACUACUGACACAUUCUGUCUAGUGUACUGUUAUGAGCUCUGUUACAGAUAUCGUAGAAAAGAUAAACUACAUUUAUGAUAUGAUUAAAAAGCUCGACGAAAGCUCUAACGAAAGGAUGUCAAUAAGACUCUCUUUGGACUAAGUAUGUUAUAAAUGUUUUUUCUUGUGAAACGCUUGACUGGGUUGGUCUAUUAUCUCCGUCGCAAAAAAUUUACUCAUCACCCAGAAAAAGGACGAAUAUCUCGAGCAAAGCUAUGGUGAAUGAGUAGUUUUGCUGUUUUCCACUUCUCCUUCCAUUGUAUGAAAGCAGACGGGGGUUGAAUUGAAAUCCUUGACAGCUAAUUCAGUGUAACCCACUUAAAAAAUGCAAUAUAUAUCGAUUCUUCCUGAGUCAUGAUCAUGUAUUUGAGAAUGUAAUUGAGAACCGUGUAGUAUUUAAACAAAUAGGCGUGGUACAGAACUGAGGAAAGGUGCUAUUAGAAUAAGUCUGGUUGUUUUAAACUCAGACCUCCAAGCAUUUGGGUUAGAAGGUGUCUUAAGUGUAGAAAAUAUGUUGUUUGUAAACCAAGGUAACAAACCUUCUACUUUGGUUCACCCGCAGUAGGUAUAAAGUAGAUUAUUGGGAUCGAGAAAAAUGGUUACGAAAUCGGAACAUUCAAUACUUGUUAACCAUAAAAACAAUGGCUUUCUGUCACAGAGGUACUCGAUGUUUGUUGGAGCAACAAACCUGGGUUGAAAUUAUCAUUAAAUGAACCAUUCAAUUUCUGCAUAUAGUGGUUUGUGUGAGCAUCGUCUCAAAUUACCCUGAGGAAAUCCACUCCACGCAAUUAGAAGGUGCUAAUACAAAAUCUAACUCCCUGACAAAAAAUCAUUUUACCCACGCAGCCAUUCUGAGAUGAUUGAAGUCGUGGUUUAUUGAUGUGAGUGGGUUUCCUGCAUAGAAGAUUUAUGGUACUUGCUCUAUCUAAAAGAUUAUCUUGACUAUGGAAAGGAUAUUGAAACAUCUUUCUUCAUUACAGGCGCAUAUAUUAGCUGAGCCUUAUAUCUGCCAUCAUUUCCAGUCUCAGCCUUGCCAUGCUUCUGCUUUGCUCCAAAAAGUCGGACAAUUCUGGCAUUUUCAAUUUACGAGUAUUAUUAUACUAUUAUCACACUAUAACGAAGGUCACCUGAUCCUAGCUAAGCUUUGCAUUCAGAUGUAAAUGAUUCACGAAACCCCUCAGCGGCAAAUAUCUUUUAUUGCUUUUUGCAGGGUGAAUUUAAAUCCCGCAGAUACCCUCAUGCCACAGCAAUGUUAGUUCCCAAAACAAUCCCAGACUUCGCGGAAGUUGAUAAAAUGGUUUACAUAUGGCUUACGGAUUAUGUUUUCAACACGGCGAGCCUUGUUUUUCACCAAGAAGGAAAACUACGUACCACUAUUAGACCCAGGGAUGUAAGUUAAGAACCUUGCUUACAAAUAAACGGCCGUUGUUUGUCGAUUUUUUUUAAGUUGUGUACUUUUACGGUAAACAUUUAUUACCAUGAUUUAAGUGAUAUAGAAACAUAGUUAAGUGAUAGAUGACAUGAGCAGCAAACAAUGACCUAAAGAUAUUAUUAUCAAUAUAUUUAUUCUUAACCUCUGUUUCUCCUCAAUCGUCUCGAUGCGAAGUUACCUCCUUCUGCCAGGUAUCAGUUGAACACAAAGUUUUUCAAGAACUUUCUAUACCAGGUGUGUAAUGAUACAUGUAUAAUAUCAUCUGAUUUUAAAGGGUCUGAAUAUGGGGAUCCUCGUGUCGGUUGUCGGUUGUCGGUUGUCGGUUGUCGGUUAGAAUUUCAUUACUGUGUCGAUAGUUUGUUAAGAUUUCUGAUCUUUAUCGGUUGUCGGUAAAAUCUCAGCUAAUGAUAAAAAAUGCAAAUUGAUUAUUAAUAUUCGUUAAGUUAUUCGGGGGCUCGAACACUAGGCGCUUCUAGAAAUGAGCCCACGCUCUUAACCAGCCAUAAAGUAAGGAAAUGCUUUAAUUAAUUGAAUAUUUUAAUUUAAAGUGUCUAUUUCCUGAGCAAUAAUGCUGUCCUUUCUGAACACAAAUAUCGAUAAUGUCGGACCUUGUCAGUUGUCGUUUAGUAUUAAUAGUAGUUAGUUAAAUUUUUCGCUUAUUGUCGCUAGUCAGUUGACCCCAUUGUACUCAUUGUACUCUACUUCUCACUUACACUGCCGCUAAUUACGGUUUUUUUUCUGUUUGAUUUUUUUUGAAGCUGUAUAAACUUUACCCCGAUCGACCGGUGUUUCUUAAGGCCUACACAAGCAAGGCUCCUGUUUUCGUGUCAAGUCCUAACAACGUCAAUGUGACGGUGGCCGGUAAUAUUGAAGUGUACGUCAUUUCUAAAAAUGGGACAAAUAUAUAUGCCCUGACGCUAGGUGUGGUAAGUAAUGUGAUCAAUAUAAUCAUUUAGUCUAAAUGAAGGCUCUAGUUUUAAUUCAUAACUUGAACAACGUAAAAAACAUUAUCGAAAGUGGUCUCCCCGCCCUUUGCACUCACGUUGCUGGUCUAUUUUUUAGCUUGGAAACAGAUACGACCUUUCUUUGUUGUUUGUGACACAUAGAUUAGCUUGCAUUAUGAAAGUUUAACAGCCAUCACGACGCUUUGCUAAUGACGGUACUGAUGCCUUCACUCGGAAGUACUGGUUCUUUUGUUGGAUACUAAAUUUUAUUAAUCUUUACUUCUGCAUCAUAGAAAGUUAAUGUUCAUGGAUCUGUGGGUGUAAAACAAGGCAACUUGACGUUUCACACCAAUUCAUUCGGGUAAGAUACUUCAAUCGGCUAUAUUUCAUACACUUUUUAUCGUCCAAAAAAAAGUGAACACAAAUUUCGUAACACUUACUGUAUUUUCUUCUCAUUUUUUUUUAUGGUUUUCUCUUUAACUAGAACCAAAUUACAUGUUGUCCACUCUGCUAUUGGUGAUAUUGAGGUAUGAGUUUUUAAAUUUGGUCAUUUUGGCUAUGAUCAUUUACAGCGCGGGUGAUGUCGAUUUUCCACAGUUGGGGCUAGCUCGGUAAUGUGAUGCGCUUAGUUAAUCGCGCGCCAGAAAAUGAUGGGUGAUAAUUCAGUUCACAUUUUUUUUAACAGACAAACGUUGGAUUGCUCCAAUGGUUUCUGAACGGUGUAGAGUCUGGAAAAGUUGUGAAAAAGCUUAAUGGUAUGCAUUAUACCGGCUACGUCUGUUGUUAAACUUAGUUGUGUAACGUUGAGUGUAAACCUUUGCUAACAUCAACCAGCCUCGUCUCCAUUUGGUUUACGGUUCGCCUAUGGUGCUAGACACCCGUUUAAAAGCUUUAGGUGAAAGAAAUAGUCUUCGUUUCUAAUCUCAUAAUAGCAUAACUUAGCUCCUUCACCAAAAUUUUUAAGUAAUUAUCUUAGCUAAAGUACGAAUUUAUCUUUUAUCGAAUGGGGGUGAUUUUUUAACUUAUAAGAUAGCGAAUUUAUGGAACUUGGCAAUGCUACAAAAUAACUCUUGAACUUAAACGUAUAGUAAAUGUAGUUAUGUUAAGCUGGCAAAAGUAAAACGUUUGUCGUAAGAUAAUCAAAAUUUGCCAGUAAGCUGAUGGAGACUUAUUACCCACUCGUCAAUCGUCUCAUGCACUGUUUUUCCCUAGUAAUUGGGGAAAGAGGGUUUCCCUUGCCCAUGCUUCGCAAACUGAAGUGGGAGGACACCGAAGUAACUACAGGACAGGUAACCAUUGAAUUAUCCUAAGCUUUCUGAUUACGUAAGCUCAUUUUCAAAUUCACUACACUACAACAUUGCGGUGUAGUCAGUUUGCUGCAGUUAGCUCGAUAAGUCAAAUAUGUCUUGUUUUCUCAAGCAAUGAGAUCUGUAGAAUCGAAUAAUGUUAACAAAAUGAUUCAAGCAUUGUCGUGACAUUGCAGAGGGUUACGCCAAGGGUCGCUAAGGGGUUCGGUAAAGCAGCUAUUUCAUCAAUCGACAUAAACUGUCCAGGAAAACAACGAAAUGUAACGAACGGACAAUGCUUGAUUGGGCCGGUGGCAAAUUGUUGGUCUCAAAUAGAUUAAUAAAAAAUUCAGUCUCAUCCGAAAUAACAUCCAAAGGUACAUUUAGUACUUUCUUUAAAAUAGUGGGGAACUCAGGCCCAAUUCGAGUUGAAGGGGGAGGGGGGAGGGUUAAUCUCGCUUCAGCCCGUUAUGGGUGGCCAGUUUUUUUACUUUGAUUAGGUCGCUCUCACUAUUCUUUUACAGUUUGAAUUCUUUUGUUUGUUAAGAGGCUCAUCGAGCACUGAUCAAAAUGAGCGCAAAUAAAUGGUGUAGGAAUUUGUGAAAUUGAGAAUGAUUACAUCCCAAUUUCUUGCAGCGAUUUCAUCAUUUCCUUGGACACGUUCUGCUAUUCAACACAUGUAUUUCAAGUUUAAUGAAACGAUUAGUAAAAACAAAAAGAAAUAGAAACUAAGGACAUUUUUCUAAAGGAAGUUGAAAAUGCAAGACUAGUGACGGACUCUUUCCGAAAAAAGACCAAUCAUUGGCGUUGAACGAGAGAAACUGACAUGAUUCCUUUCUCAAAUUUCAGUUUAAUCUUCAAACUUCAACUAUUAAGUUUAAAGUGGAACGUUGUGUAGAUAGAAUCAGUUAUAUUUAAAUUGAAAUUGAGUUUGAUUUUUCUUUUUGUUAAAGGCAUUUUAAUGCUUAAUGCACAUAAAAAUCAACCACAAUUUACCUCAUAAUGUACUUUCUUUGUCAACAGGGUUUUGUUCUCAUUAAAACAAAUGUAAAGUACUCUCCUGCUAAUAAUUAGGACGAAGAUGAAGAAUGUAUGAAGAACAGAAGAACAUUGGCCAUGGCUUUCAUCGACACAGUUUUUUUUUUUUAAUGUAAUUUUUAAUGUACCGUCUUCCACAUAAAUUACAUCUAAAUGACCGAAAAAAUGAUUGUUCGUUUCUACUGAAGAAAACUGGCUUUUUUCGGGUGGCACCGCAGGCUACCAAAUCUAUGAAAAUUUAUGUAAAAAAAUAGAUAUUUCAGGAAUCCAGUUUAAUAGUACGUCUCUUUUAGGUUUUUAGUAAUGAUUAUUGAUUCUUUCACCUUUGAACUUAUUGGCUCACUUACUUUCCGAGUUUCGUCUUGAACAUGAAUUUAGAG